UCAGCUGUUUCCAAAAGCAAAGAUUUUUAGCAUCCAAAAAUGGUUCAUAACAACACCGGAGGUCCUCAUGGCUUGGGCGAUCCCGACGACAGAUCGCUGCGAAAGGUCGAACUUGAAGUUUGCAUCCCGAAAAUCAUACGCGAACGCACAAAACUCUACAAAUGCCCUGAGGAAGUGAAGGAAUUCGAGAAUUGCUGCAAGGAAAAGGGCCUCAUGAUGUGGUAUUCGUGCCAAAAACAGAACGAAAACCUAAAAAAAUGUCAAAUUAAAUGGUAUGCCGACGAGGAAUUGAAGAAGGAAUGCACGGAAAUUUACCUCGCGGAACGCGCCGAAUUCCGAAGAACGGGAAUCACGAAGAAACAGAAAGAAUGGAUGAAAAAUAAUCCGGGAAAGCCGCUGCCGUAGAUCCAUAAGUAGUCAUAAUGUUAGAAAAAGAGAUUUUAUUUGGCGAUUAAA